AUGGCUUCCUGGAAGUCCACAGGCACCUACGUUGACGCUGUCCCCCCUCCUGGGGCGAACAUUGUCAGUGGCAUGUGGAUUUUCAGGGUGAAGCGGCCGCCGGGUUCUCCGCCUGUCUUCAAGGCGCGUUACAUGGCUCGUGGCUUCAGUCAGCGGCAGGGAGUUAACUACUUUCAGACCUUCACCCCCACCCCGAAGAUGACCACUCUUCAGGUACUACUGCACGUUGCUGCUCACCGUGACUACGAGCUGCACUCUCUCGACUUCAGCACUGCUUUCUUGCAGGGCAGCCUGCACGAGGAGAUCUGGCUGCGUCGCCCACCUGGCUUCACUGGGACUUUCCCGCCUGGUACCCAGUGGAGUCUCCGGUGUCCAGUCUACGGUCUCCGCCAGGCGCCACGUGAGUGGCACGACACACUUAGGACUACGCUGGCGGCACUUGGGUUUGCUCCCUCCACUGCAGACCCGUCGCUGUUUCUGCGCACCGACACCUCUCUGCCGCCGUUCUUCAUCCUCGUGUACGUCGACGACUUGGUCUUUGCCACAGCUGACACUGCUGGACUCGCCUACGUGAAGUCCGAGCUGCAGAAGAGACACACGUGCACAGACCUGGGUGAACUGCGCAGCUAUCUUGGCUUGCAGAUCACCCGGGACAGAGCGCACCGCACCAUUACCCUGACUCAGUCACACAUGGUAAAGCAGGUCCUUCAGCGCUUCGGCUUCACGUACUCCUCGCCUCAGGCCACUCCUCUGCCUACUCGCCACUCGCUCUCAGCUCUACCUUCGGAUGAGUCCGUAGAGUCGAGUGGCCCGUAUGCAGAGCUUGUUGGUUGCCUCAUGUACCUGAUGACCUGCACACGACCUGACCUUGCAUACCCUCUUAGUAUUCUCGCACGCUAUGUUGCUCCUGGGAGACACCGACCAGAGCACAUGGCUGCAGCGAAGAGGGUGUUGCGCUACUUGUGCAGUACGUCGGGCAUGGGGCUAGUGCUUGGAGGGCGGAGUCCAGUGGUCCUCACUGGGCACGCGAACGCUUCUUGGGCUGACGACCAGGCUACGCAGCGGUCUUGUGAGGCUGAGAUCUACGCCGGGGCCAUGGCUGCACAGGAGUUACGCUGGCUCACCUACCUGCUGACCGACCUUGGAGAGCCGCCUCGUUCUCCUCCAGUCCUGUACGUAGACAACAAGGCCAUGCUGGCCUUGUGUCAAGAGCAGCGACUGGAGCACAAGACAAAGCACAUUGCUCUCCGCUACUUUCUUGCUCGUGAGCUACAGCAGCGUGGACAGUUGCGACUUGCGUACGUGGCCUCUGAGGCCAACGCUGCUGAUGUCUUCACCAAGGCACUUGCGCCUUGUGAUCAUCAGCGGUGCUGCACGCAGCUUGGUCUUGUGUCUGUCUUGCCUCACUUGCUCACUUCUUGA